CACAGAAGGAGGAGACACCAGAGAUGGUUGCUGAAGAGGCAAUUAGUGCUGAUGAUAAAGACACAGAAACUUUGGCCCAAGAGAAAACUGAAGUAUCUGCUGCACCACCUGCAUUGCAAGAGAAAAAUGGCCACGGGAGUUCGAGUUCGAGGUCCCCAAGUCCACCUCCAUCAAAAGGGAAUUCCCAAGCUACAACUGGUGAAACAUUCAAGACUCCUGUGAGUGGCACACGUGACAAGGCUCAGCCAAAUUUGAAUCAUCAGAAUGCUCCAAACACCAGUGAGAAAGUUAAACCAAAGGAGAACACCAUUCCGGUGUCAGAAUGCAUGACUAAUGAAAACAAGGGUGUUAGAGUUUUGAUAUUAUCUUAUGAUCUUCUCUUGAGCUAUUAAAA